AUGACGCGUAUUACCUGUUUUUUUGUUGCUGCCGCUAUCAGCAUACUUACCGGACAAUCGUCUUGUUCCCCACUUGAUACGAGUAACCUGGUCCCUGGCGUCGUCGCUACCUUGGAGCCAGUCCCACUAGUUGGAGGCUUGUUUGUUGGCUUGCUAGGAAGCUCAGGACCGGACCACAGGCAUGCCGGCUCGAACUCGAUGGUCACCCCCGGCCAGCCGGUAGCCUUGAAGCACAGGCGAGCCCUGAACAGAAUCAACAGCUCCCUUCAACGCCGACAAAGGGAGAUGGUACUUGGCAUUUUGGGCGAGCUUGGUGGAUCAAGCGAUUCAACCCCCACGGAUUUGGACUAUGUUUCUUCCAAGCCUGUCCACCGCAAGCAGGGGAUACCCGGUGUUGCUACGGCUUCCGCGGUGCUCUCGCACCUUCACUCGCCGAAAACAGCUAAUGUGCAUUCAUCGGCUGCUGUCGCCAGCUCUGUGCCUGCUACUCCCCGCCUUGAAUCCUCAGUUGUGGUACAGAAGCCGCUGCCGUCGACCCCUGCCGUGGACGAGCAGCCGAUGGUCCAAUAUCCGGUUGAGGAGCCGGUGGCUCAAGAUCAGCCCGACGAUAGCACUGUCGAAGAUGACCUGAGUUCUGUCGAAUCUACUGCAGUCGCCGAGGAUGCUUCGACCCCCGUCCACGUCCUCCCGUCAUUUUUGUCUGGCAACAAUCCUGGUGUCAGCACCAUCCCAGUGAACAAAACAUCAUCCGCAGCCGCGAAAGCAUCGCGCGCCAAACGCCACGUUCCCGACGAUAAUACCACAGUCAUCUCAGCCUUACCAUCAAUCACAGCCAUUCCAUCCAUCCCAUCAAUCCCCGCUAUCCCAGCUAUUCCAGCCAUACCCUCUAUUCCCUCGAUCCCAUCGAUCCCAUCAACUACAUCCAUUCCAGCGAUCCCAUCCAUUCCAGCGAUCCCAUCCAUUCCAGCGAUUCCAUCCAUUCCAGCGAUCCCAUCCAUUCCAGCGAUCCCAUCCAUUCCAGCGAUCCCAUCCAUUCCAUCCAUUCCGGCAAUCCCAUUGCCAUCAUCCGCCGGAUCAACUCCACAAACCAACCUAACCAGCGCUGCUCAGCUUUACAAUCUGAUACAGUCAGAAUCCGGAGACAAGGAUGGAUUAACUGCCGCCCAAUUUUCUAAGUUGUUGUCCACAGUUCACUCCGCAGCGGAGUCCGAGGACAAGGAUGGAUUAACUGCGGCCAAAGUUUCCAAAUUGUUGACGACAGUUCACUCCGCAGCGGAGCAAAUCAACUCCCACCCGAGUUCUCCUCCCGUUGUUGAGGGACCACGACCGGUACUACCUCCGGCACCCCUUGCGCACAGCCCGCUACCUGACGCUUCCCAACUUUCCGAGCUGAUCCAAUCAGAACUCGAGCAAAAGGAUCCAUCGACUGCAGCCGCAGUUUCCCAAUGGAUGUCCACAGCUCACGCCGUGGCAGAGGAAAAUGACUCUCGCCCGGCUCCUCAUCCCGCUGUUGUUGAGCCCCGUCCGGCAUCACCCCCGGCGGCCCUACCGCCCAGUCCGCCGCCUUCUGCUUCCCGACUUAGCCAGCUCAUCCAAUCCGAACUCGAGCAAAAGGAUCCAUCGACUGCGGCUGCAGUUUCUCAAUGGAUGUCUGCAGCUCACCUCGCAGCGGAAAAAAUGAAUUCUCAGCCGGUCCCUCGUCCCGCUCAUGCAGAGCCGCUUCCCGGCCUACCUCUGGCGCCCAGUCCGUUAGCCGACGCUGGAGAAGAAGCGCGUCCAGCUCCACCUGUUCCCACUCUCCCGUCAUUCAUGGGUGGAACGCCAGGGCUCAGCACCCUUCCACUCCAACAAGCUCCAGCUGGUCCCCCGCCUGCUCCAGACGCCAAGCACUCGCCAAACACCCAUGAUAAACGCACCGUGCCUCUAGGUCACUUGACCGGCUCUGACCCGCUCAGCUUAAUUCGUCAUGGCAGCCAUUUCUCAUCUCUCCACCCAUCUGUACCCUCGGUCCCAUCUGUGCCUUCGGUCUCAUCUGUCCCCUCGGUCCCAUCCACUCCAUCGAACUCCUCGAUCUCAUCUUAUUCGUCGGUCCGGUCUACGCCAUCGAUCCCCUCGAGCCACUCCAUUCCCUCCAUUCCAGAAAUCCCUUCGAUCCCCUCCAUUCCUUCGAUCCCCUCCAUUCCCUCCAUUCCCUCCAUUCCUUCGAUCCCCUCCAUUCCCUCGAUCCCCCCCAUUCCAGCGAUCCCAGCGAUCCCUUCGAUCCCCUCAAUCCCUUCAGUCCCUUUCUUGGGCAACUGGUUCUGA